CGGGGUGUGUACACAUUGUGCCAAUGGUAACACGAUUCUUGCCGCGUUUUCUACCAAUUGUUGUAUUUAACCAAUUUACUCGGAAAUUGACAAUGAGCUCCGCUGCUAAUGGAGUACCGUCGCCACCAAAACGCCCCACGCCCCUAACAAUUGGCACGCACAACGGCACGUUCCACUGUGACGAGGUGGUUGCCUGUUUUAUGCUCAAACAAUUGCCAGAAUACGAGAAUGCUGAAAUAUUCCGCAGUCGGGACGAUGAGGCACUGCGUGCCAAGUGUGAUAUAAUUGUGGAUGUUGGUGGGGUCUUCGAUCACGAAAAGAAGUGGUACGAUCAUCAUCAGUUGACAUUUAAGGAGACCUUCAGCACGGUGCACCCCGAACUCGGCGACGAAUUUGACAUAAGGCUAAGCAGCGCGGGCUUGGUCUACAGUUUCUAUGGUGAGCGUGUCAUACAAAGUAUUUUGCAACGAGAACGAAAGGUGCAACUAUCAGAAGCCAAUCUGAAAUUGGCUUUCCUACAAAUCUAUCGAAAUUUUAUUUGCGAACUCGAUGCCAUUGACAAUGGCGUGCCCAUGUUCGAUGGUGCAGAGCCACGCUACAAGAUAUCCACGCAUCUAUCGGCGCGCAUAGGCAAACUGAAUCCCUCAUGGCAGGACACGAAUUCAGAUACUGACCAACGCUUCCACAUGGCCAUGUCAGUUGCGGGCAAGGAGUUUGUCGAGAACGUACUGGAGGUUGCCUGCUCGUGGAUCGCAGCCCGCGAUCAUGUUCGCCUGGCUUUGGAGAAAGCCGCAUCGGUCCACGAGAGCAGGCAAAUCCUUCUGCUAGAAACCUUCUGUCCGUGGAAAGCACAUUUGGACAGCCUAGAAAAGGAAUAUGAUGUCGAGGGCGUGCCGAAAUUGGUCAUCUUUAAUGAUGGAAACAGCUGGCGUGUUGCUGGAGUUCCCGUCACGCCUAGUAGUUACAUUGGGCGUAAAUUUCUGCCCACACCUUGGCGAGGUCUGCGCGAUAAGGAGCUCUGCCAAGUGACUGGGAUUGAGGAUCUCAUAUUUGUGCACCACACAGGCUUCAUCGGCGGCGCCAAGACCAAGGAAGCGGCGUUGGCCAUGGCACUGCAGACCUUGGAUUUUGUCGACGAGUGAACGGCUUUGAAAUAAAUUUAUAGUCAAUUAUAUCCU